CUCAGCGCAAGCACCUGAAAAAAAAGCCGAGCAUCCCACCUGCCGCAUAUUCCAGCGCUUUCUCGCCCCUCCUCUCUGAACUGAAACCUCUUUUCUUCUCUCUUCCACCACCUCAUCACAAACCAAACCAAGCCCCUAGAAAACCACAGCUCUCGACCUCUCUUUUCCGCCGCCCGUAUCACAACUUGCGCGACCGACAAAGCCCCUCCCACAGCCAGAAGAAAGCCCUCUUCUACCACCGAAUUUUCUCGACGACAGAACCAAUUCAAAACCAGAGCAUCAUGGCUGAUAGCGGCGCGGUCAACGGCCACUCCAAAGCCGCCAACGGCAGCACUGGAGAGUCUCUGGCACCCUACCGUUCGCUCUUUUCCCAUCUCUUCUCCUGGGAGAAUCCUCGUGAUUCGGCCGUCGCCUAUGUCUCCGUCGUUGCUAGCAUCGCCGCCGUCCGGUAUCUUAGCCUCGUUCGCUGGGCCCUCGGAUUGUCCUGGAUGGUCCUGGCCACCACCGUCGCUGCCGAGGUCGCGGGCAAAGCAGUUCUCAACAACGGCCUGGCUUCCCAGCUUCGCCCUCGCGAGUACUAUACCCUGCCUCGCGAAGCAUUCGACAGGCUAGUUAGCGAGGCUCACGGACUCAUCAACUUCUUCUUGGUUGAAGCCCAGCGCAUUGUCUUUGUCGAGAAUGUCUACGCCUCGUCUGCUGCCUUCGCCGUUACCCUUCUUUCCAGCCUUCUCAUCAAGGUUCUGCCCUACUGGGUCCUUGCCAUCGUUGCAACCACCAUUGCCUUCUUCGCGCCUUUGAUCUAUUCCAGAAACCAGGAGUUCAUCGACCAGCAGCUCAAGUCUGCUGCCGACGUCAUCGGCGCCCAGACUGCCCAAGUCCGAGAUGCCGCUCAGAAGCAGGCCGAUCACCUCGCUUCCGUGUCGAAGCAGUAUGCUGGAGACUACACUGAGAAGGUUCACGAGAUUCUGCGCACCCGCAGCCUGUCUCCCUCGGCCGCCAAGAAGUCGCCUGUCGAUUUCCCCUCCCCUCCUACUGAGGAGCCCAAGGCCGCCGAACAACCCACCCCUCAGGAGCCUAUCGUUGCUUAGAUGAGCUCAAUUGACCCGCACGUGUGAUUAUGGUCAAGAAACGAUAAACGCCAAGUUGAGCUCCACAGCAACUAUCGACACGUUCUUUCCUUCGCAGCAGAUCAUUACUCGGAUCGGGAUGAUAGAUGUGUCCAAGAUUGUGAUCAGAUCAGGCAGGUUUUUGGGGGCAGCGACGGUUGUACCGUCAAUCAGAGCAUAAUAUCCGCCCAAUUAGCGCAGAGGGGAUUGUGGGAUGAGAAAAGAGCAGCUCUUUGCGCUGAGAAGGGCACAGACAUUUGGGAGGAGUGGAGGAUCAUGGCGUUGCUACGAGGCCAGUAGGUUUGUUCUAGCAAACCCUCUUUUUCUUUUCAUUAUCUAUCAUCGUUUUGGCAUGGACGCAUUCUCCCUGUUAUCCUUUCCUUUUCCCUAUGCUGAAAGAGCCUCCUGCCCUGUUUUCCAUAAGGACUUUUGUGGCUCAAGGCAGG